GAGAAGCCGGAAGUGGCGUAACUUCCGGCCGGAGCCGCCAUCUCGCCGUGAGACAGCAGGAGCUGGAGCCGCCGCUGCGAGAUGUUGUCCUCCGCAGUCAUGUCCUGGGGACCCGGCAGAGACCUGGGGGUAGAGCCGCGCAGCGCCGCGGGCCCUUUACAGCUGCGCUUUUCGCCCUACGCUUUCAACGGGGGUACUGUUUUGGCAAUUGCUGGAGAAGAUUUUUCAAUUGUUGCUUCUGACACUCGAUUGAGUGAAGGGUUUUCAAUUCACACCCGGGACAGCCCAAAAUGUUACAAAUUAACAGACAAAACAGUCAUUGGGUGCAGCGGUUUUCAUGGAGACUGUCUUACCCUGACAAAGAUUAUUGAAGCAAGACUAAAGAUGUAUAAGCACUCCAAUAAUAAGGCCAUGACUACGGGGGCAAUUGCUGCGAUGCUGUCUACAAUCCUGUAUUCAAGGCGCUUCUUUCCCUACUAUGUUUACAACAUCAUCGGUGGACUUGAUGAAGAAGGGAAGGGAGCCGUGUACAGCUUUGACCCGGUGGGGUCCUACCAGAGAGAUUCCUUCAAGGCUGGAGGCUCAGCAAGUGCCAUGCUUCAGCCGCUGCUUGACAACCAGGUUGGUUUUAAGAAUAUGCAGAACGUAGAGCAUGUCCCACUGUCCUUGGACAGAGCAAUGCGGCUAGUGAAAGACGUCUUCAUUUCUGCGGCUGAGAGGGACGUGUACACAGGAGACGCACUCAGGAUCUGCAUUGUGACCAAAGAGGGCAUCAGGGAGGAGACCGUCCCCUUGAGGAAGGACUGAUUUGCGUGCUGUGAUUAUUAAUCAGUUCAAAACGGAACUGUUGGGCAAAUUUGUUUAAUUAAAAAAGAAACCUGAAAUACUCGUUUCAUUAUAAUGUAUCUCUAAGCAA